CCACAGAAGAUACUCCAAGCUGCGUCGACAUCUCUUACCAGCACUUCGACCACUCCCCCCUUCCUCGUCACUUCUACCCCGCCUCACCUUGACCUCACGUAGAAUGUCCGCCUCCACCCUCGACGCCAAGCGUCCCAAGCUGGACAACGAGGGCGCCGCUGCCUCUUCUUCAAGCGCAGGCAUCGUCACCCACUCUGGCACGUUCCACGCAGACGAGGCUCUUGCAGUCAACCUCCUACGAACUCUGCCUCAAUUCAAGCCUCUCUCUCUCACAAGGACCAGAGACCCAGAGCUCAUCUCACAAGGAGCCAUUGUAGUAGACGUUGGCGCAGAGUAUGAUCAGAGCAGGAACAGAUUCGAUCAUCACCAGAGGGGGUUUGAGGAGGUCUUUGAUCAGAAGCACAAGACGAAGCUGUCUAGCGCUGGACUGGUGUGGAAGCACUAUGGUCAAGCCAUCCUCUCACAGCACCUGUCCCUUCCCUUGGAAGACGCCCGAGUGACGCUUCUGUGGAAUAAGCUCUACGACGACUUCAUCGAAGCCAUCGAUGGCAUCGACAAUGGCAUCCCCCAAUACCCCUCUUCGGCCACUUCGGCCUACAAGAACAAGACGGACCUCUCCUCGCGUGUGGGUUACCUCAACCCUUCUUGGAACCAGACUGCUACCUCCCAGGAGAUGGAUGUCCGCUUCGAGCGUGCCUCAUCCAUGGCCGGAGGAGAAUUUUUCGAUCGGGUAGACUACACCUUUUCCGCCUGGCUGCCCGCUCGCGAAAUCGUCGAAAGGGCAAUGUCCCGCCGUGCCGAGCUGAGUGGGGAUGCACAAGGUCGGGUCUUGGUGUUUGACGAAUUUGCCAGUUGGAAGGACCACCUUUUCACUCUUGAAGCAGAGCAGGCUGCCGAUGCUUCUGGCAAGGGUCACACACCCGCAGAGAGGAUCCUCUACGUCGUCUACCCAGACGAGGCGGGCAAAUGGCGCAUUCAAGCCGUACCCGAGACGGCCGACUCCUUUGUUAGCAGAAAGGCAUUGCCGGAAGCUUGGCGUGGGGUUCGGGAUGCUCAGCUGGAUGAGCUGACGGGGAUUCCUGGAGGCAUCUUUGUUCACGCUAGUGGAUUCAUUGGUGGUCAUCAGACGAGGGAGGGAGCGCUGAAGAUGACGCAGAAGGCUCUGGAGUUCUAGAGCAGUGACUAGGCUUGGCUAGGUG